GUUGUCAUUUUGUAAAUGAUCAUCUUUCUUACUUUCCUGAUAGGAUUUUUAGACCCUGCGGAGGAAUUGGAGCUUACUCACAUUGUGGAAAUGGAAACCACCGAACCUGAGCCAGAUUGUGUAGUGCAGCCUCCUUCUCCUCCUGAUGACUUUUCAUGCCAAAUGAGACUCUCUGAGAAGAUCACUCCAUUGAAGACUUGUUUUAAGAAAAAGCCGGAUCAGAAGAGAUUGGGAACCGGAACCCUGAGGUCUUUGAGACCAAUAUUAAACACUUUGCUAGAAUCUGGAUCACUUGAUGGGGUUUUUAGAUCUAGAGACCAGAGUGGAGAUGAGAACAGUUUACAUGAACCUAUGGUGAAAAAACCCCUGGAAAUUAAUCCACCGUGUCCAACAACAGAAAACAAUGUGUCUGUCCUGAUUCCUGAUGGAACAAAUGUUGGGGGCCAAAUACCGGAAGCCCAUCCUUCCACUGAUGCCCCAGAACAAGUGGUUCCAAUCCAGGAUCACAGCUUUCCACCAGAAACCAUCAGUGGGACGGUGGCUGAUUCAACAGCAGGGCACUUCCAGACUGACCUUUUGCAUCCGGUUUCAAGUGAUAUUCCUACUAGCCCUGACUGCAUAGACAAAGUCAUGGAUUAUGUUCCAGGGGUUUUCCAAGACAACAGUUUUACAAUCCAGUACAUUUUGGACACCAGUGAUAAGUUGAGUACUGAGCUCUUCCAGGACAAGAGUGAGGAGGCUUCCCUUGACCUUGUGUUUGAGCUGGUAAACCAGCUACAAUACCACACUCACCAAGAGAAUGCAAUUGAAAUUUGCAUGGAAUUUCUGCAAGGCACUUGUAUUUAUGGCAGGGAUUGUUUGAAGCAUCACACAGUUUUACCAUAUCAUUGGCAGAUCAAGAGGACAACUACUCAGAAGUGGCAGAGUGUAUCCAAUGAUUCUCAGGAGCACUUGGAAAGAUUUUAUUGUAAUCCAGAAAAUGAUAGAAUGAGAAUGAAGUACGGAGGACAAGAAUUUUGGGCAGAUUUGAAUGCCAUGAAUGUGUAUGAAACAACUGAAUUUGACCAACUACGAAGGCUAUCCACACCAUCCUCAUGCAAUGUCAACUCUAUUUACCACACAGUUUGGAAAUUCUUCUGUAGAGACCACUUUGGAUGGAGAGAAUAUCCUGAGUCUGUUAUUCGACUGAUUGAAGAAGCCAACUCUCGGGGUCUGAAAGAGGUCCGAUUUAUGAUGUGGAACAACCACUACAUUCUCCAUAACUCAUUCUUCAGGAGAGAAAUAAAAAGGAGACCACUUUUCCGCUCCUGUUUUAUUAUGCUUCCAUAUUUACAGACACUUGGUGGAGUUCCCACUCAGGCUCCUCCACCUCUUGAAGCGAGUUCAUCAUCACAAAUCAUCUGCCCAGAUGGCGUCACCUCAGCAAACUUUUACCCUGAAACUUGGAUUUAUAUGCAUCCAUCUCAGGACUUCAUCCAAGUGCCUGUUUCUGCAGAGGACAAAAGUUACCGAAUCAUUUACAACCUUUUUCAUAAAACUGUGCCUGAAUUUAAAUAUAGAAUUUUGCAAAUAUUGAGAGUCCAAAAUCAGUUUCUUUGGGAGAAAUAUAAAAGGAAAAAGGAAUAUAUGAACCGGAAAAUGUUUGGCCGUGACAGAAUAAUAAAUGAGAGACAUUUAUUUCAUGGAACAUCCCAGGAUGUGGUAGAUGGAAUCUGCAAGCACAACUUUGACCCUCGAGUCUGUGGAAAGCAUGCUACAAUGUUUGGACAAGGCAGUUAUUUUGCAAAGAAGGCAAGCUACUCUCAUAACUUUUCUAAGAAAUCCUCCAAAGGCAUCCAUUUCAUGUUUUUGGCCAAAGUGCUGACUGGCAGAUACACAAUGGGUAGUCAUGGCAUGAGAAGGCCCCCUCCUGUCAAUCCUGGCAGCGUCACCAGUGACCUGUAUGACUCUUGUGUGGAUAAUUUCUUUGAGCCUCAGAUUUUUGUCAUUUUUAAUGAUGAUCAGAGUUAUCCUUAUUUUGUUAUCCAAUAUGAAGAAGUCAGUAACACUGUUUCCAUUUGAAAAACCUUGGUACUGCUAAAUUAUUUGAUAUGAACUCAAUCCAGCAUUUGUAGCAGGUUUUGAAUGGAUGGGACUGGGUAGGGAACAGCAUUGGACAGUAAUAGGGCACUUUUCAGACCCAUUUUUUAAGUGCUAGAAAAUGUAAUUUUUUUAAAAAAAGAAAAACAGAUUUUAAAAUGACCACUUAUUGUUUAAUUAUUUACUAAUUGUUAGUGUACUCAGUGUGGAAAAGACUAAAGAUUGCAUACUCUCCAUUCACACUUGUACAUAUAGGCAGCAAUAUUAUUAGAAGCAUUUGGAAACAAAAGAAAAAGAAACCAACAGCUUAACUAAUCAAAUGCUGCUUGGGUCUGAUAGUAGUUUGGCCAAGUCAGAUGGAGACUAUGAGCAAAGUGAGGAUUAUUUCUUACACUGAUAAAACUGACUGGAACUGAUACUAUCCUGCUUAUUUCCAUCCAGAACAUCACUACUUGGGUAUAGUAUAAGUUCAUAACAUUUUGGUGGCUAGAAAGAAGUUCUUAUUUCUGUCAGCAGGAUCGAAACACAUCACUCAGUAAAAGACUAUUAAUGACUUGAACUGUUCUGCAGUUUGCCUGAGAAUUCAGAGUUCUGUUUAGAGGAAGUUUAGGAAAGCAGGGGAGAAAAAAAAAAGGAACCAUUUGAAGAUAUGUCACCAGCAAAAUUUUUCAUUAUCUGGUUAUAUAAAAUAAGAUUCUUGUGUUAACUUCAGCAUUGGGAAACUCAGUCUCUUCCAUUGUCAUCCACCUUGGUUCUAAGGUGUUGGGCCGCUAACUGGUUAAAGCCAGUGUUAAGGGUUAGGAGUAUCGCCUUCUUGGGGGUUCCAGACCUGGUGCCUUCCUGGAGGUUUCAAGAGAAAGGAAGUACAUCUGUAACCAAGCCAAUAAGUUUUAUUACUGUGCUUUGCAUACAGUAGAUUCUCUGAAGUACUUGUUGCAUUGAAAUCACUGUUAAAGGUGGCAGUCUGCCCUGUGCCUGCCUUGCUGGGUACAGCUGGGUCCCCUGGCUGGCUGUGUCCUACACUACUCAGUUAAUAGAAACACAAACUUGGAAUUGUGCCCCAGCCCAGCUCUGGAGCACGGCAAGGUGAACAACAUGCUGCUGUUGCCUCAACUCAGAGACAGCAGCUGUGCUUCACCUCAAGCAAAGCAAAUCCUGCAUCUUUACUAGAGUGGCAGUGGUUGUUCACAGAAUUCACCACAGAAUUCCUUUAGACACCAAGCUCUCCUAGUACAUUCAUGGUUAUUUCAUUUACUUAGGACUUUUCAGGAACCUCUGUGUUAUUUAAAGCAAGAUAUAGCUGUACUGACGUCUCAGUGAAUCGCCUGUUCGAGCACUUACAGGGCUUCCACACAGCUAUUUAUUUUGCCCUAGUUGACCCUGUUUGCUGUAUUGGCACGAAACAGGCAACUGUGGCAGCUGUUCUUUCAUUUAGUUAUAACUUUAAACCAGUGAUUCCCAAUCUUUUCCAAGUUAAGACACCUUACCAUUGCUUAUUUGAUUUUAUGAAACCUGUUCCUUUUUUUCUCCCUAAAAGAAACAAAAGCUUUAUGACAUAUUUAUUUUUUUAAUAAAACUAAGCAAAAAUAAAAGUAUGGUAAUUCUUUAAAAA